AUGCAGCAUUCCCCCAGGAGGAGUUCCCGGCUGAACGGAGGGGAAGCCACCCCUACAACAAGUAGUGCAGCAGAAAGCCGGCCAAGGGUUAACAUAACCACGGCAGAGGCCAUUUCUCGCCCAGCCACUACAGCGACUACAGUAGCGUCCCAACCAAGGAGCACUGUAACAGCAGCUGCGAGUUCAGAGCCGGAGGUGAGCCAGCCACUCACGGCGUACCUAUUGGAGAGGAUUACGGCGUUGGAGAUCGAGCUGAAGAAGGUCAAAGCCUUGGACGCAACAAGCACCGCCAAUUGCGCGCCAAUCGCAGUUGGCCCAAGCGCAAAUGGCGCCAACAGUGGAGCGUCGGAGCGGCCGCCAUCGCUCCCGGACUUGCCUACAUUUGGAGGGCAGCCCGAGGAUUGGCCCAUUUUUAAUUGUGCGUUUGUGGAGACGACCCAAGCGUACAACUGCACAGACCUGGAGAACAACCAGAGGCUGUUGAAGGCGCUGAGGGAUGAAGCACGCGAGACUGUGAAGUCGCUGCUGAUUCACCCUGCGAAUGUCAGAGCCGUGAUGGAGCAGCUGCGCUUUAGGUUUGGCCGACCGGAGCAGCUUAUACGCAGCCAGCUGAACAGCGUGCGAGAGGUGCAGCCGAUUUCGGAGCAGCAACUGGCGAGGAUCGUCCCCUUCGCAACCAGAGUGAGUAACCUCACGGCCUUCUUGCAGUCGGCGAAGGCGGAGCAACAUCUGGGAAACCCCACACUCAUGGAGGAGCUUGUUGCAAAGCUUCCCACCAGCAAACGAGUGUAUUGGGCCAGGCACGCUGCAUCGAUCCAGCCCUUUCCCACUGUAGCGCACUUCAGCGCGUGGCUACAGGAGUACGCGAACAUCGUGUGUACGAUUUUGGACGUCGAUGGAAAGGAGCCGAGGCGUCGAGUUCUACACGCGAGCGUCGACCAGAACGGAUACGAGCAGCGGGAUGACCGGCAUGGAGGUUGUCCAAUUUGUGAAGGUCAACAUGCUACGACGAGUUGCAGCGAAUUCAUUGAAGCUUCGCCACCGGGCAGAUGGAGCAUGGUGAAGAGGCAUCGGCUCUGCUUCACAUGCUUACGGAGUGGGCAUGCGGCCAGAUCCUGCGAUGUGCAUGGCGAGUGCCAGAUCAACGGAUGCCGCAGAUUGCAUCACCGUCUGCUACAUGAAGAGGACGAAGGGCGAAGACGGCCGGAGCAGCGAGGUGGUUUCAGGCGCCACAACGGAGGAAACCAGAUGUCACCAGUUUCCAGACGCAGCCUGGAGAGAAGGGCCCCGCAGCCAGCAGAAGCUCCCGUGCAGACGAAUUUAAGUAUUGACGUCGAAGGAGGCCGACUUUUGUUUCGCAUACUACCAGUAACGCUGUACGGAGCUGGUCGCCAGGUGGACACAUACGCGCUGUUAGAUGAGGGAUCCUCCGUCACGAUGAUCGACAACGAGCUACGAAGGGAUCUGGGAUUGCAAGGCGAACAUCGACAGCUUAACGUCCAAUGGUUUGGAGGAAGAGCCAGCAGGGAGCCUACCAACGUGGUGAGUCUGGAGAUAAGUGGAGCUGGGAAGCCCACUCGCCACCCGUUGAAAAACGUGUACGCCGUUUCAAACUUGAGUCUGCCGAUGCAGACGUUAUGUCGACGAGAUGUCCAGGGCGUGCAAAGGGAUUCGAGACUGCCGAUGAAGCCCUACAGCAACGUGGUGUCGAAGUUGCUCAUCGGACUGGCCCAUGGACAUUUGGGAUUGCCACUUAGGACGAGGCGGUUUGCCAGAGAGGGACCGUUCGCGACCGCAACCAAGCUUGGAUGGGUUGUGUUUUGGCCAGUAAGUGGACAAUCAACUACGCCGUCACCGAGGUCCUGCCUUCUAGCCGUGUCAGUGGAGGACACGAUGGAAAAGAUGGUGGAGGACUACGUCGAGAUGGAAGGCUUUGGUGUGAAGCUCGCGCAACCGGUCGCAGCCAGCGACGACGCGCGGGCCCAAAGGAUCCUCGACGACACCACGGUGAAAGAGGGGCGUCGCGACCAGACGGGAUUGCUCUGGAAGGAUGACCACGCUGUGCUGCCACGGAGCUAUGAGAUGGCGCACAGACGGCUGAUCAACGUCGAGAAGAAGUUGAAGCGCAACGGGCAGUUGGCUCUGGAAUACGACCGUAUCAUCAAGGAUUACGUUUCCAAUGGAUAUGCAAGGAAGCUGCAGCCGGAUGAGGUCGCGGUGAAGAGCGACAAGCUGUGGUAUUUGCCACAUUUUGGUGUGGAAAACCCAAACAAGCCCGGAAAGGUCCGGCUUGUGACCGAUGCUGCAGCCAAGGUUGGAGGAACCUCACUCAAUUCGGCGCUGGACAAAGGGGCUCAGCACUACAAGCCCUUGCCAGCUGUGCUCUUCCUCUUCAGAGAAGGAGCAGUCGGAGUCUGCGGGGACAUCAAGGAGAUGUUCCACCAAGUGCUGAUCCGACCCGAGGAUCGAUAUUCCCAAAGGUUCCUCUGGAGAAAUGGCAACGACGAUCGAGAGCCGGAUAUAUACGAAAUGAACGUGAUGACUUUUGGAGCAGCCUGCUCGCCGAGCACUGCGCACUACGUCAAGACGGUGAAUGCCUUGAAGUUUCGGGAUUCAGAUCUGAGGGCAGUCAAGGCCAUCAUCGACCACCAUUAUGUCGAUGACUACGUGGAUAGUUUCGAUACGGAGAGCGAAGCUAUCGAGGUAUCUACCCGAGUGAAGGAGAUACACGCGGAGGCUGGAUUCGAACUAUGCCAGUUCUCAUCCAGCUCACCCAUCGUGGAAGCGGCGCUGGGACCACCUGGACAAGUCAAGAGCGUCGGAUGGGUAUCAUCGAGUGCCAAAAAGCGUCCUAAGUGGAGAGCGAGUCCCAACAAAGGGGGAGUUUUUGAGCCUGCUGAUGUCAACGUUCGACCCAUUGGGGUUCCUGUGCUGCAUGAAGAUUACAGCGAAGCUGUUGCUGCGGGAGAUCUAGAGGCAGAAGAUCCAGUGGGACGAACCGCUGCCGGAGGAGAUAGGCAAAGCCUUUGCUGCCUGGCGCAGAGAGAUGGACGCCGUGGGACAGUUCCGAUGUCCUUGCCACUAUUUUGGGCGUGGAGAAGUUUGGACAAUCGAGCUACACGUUUUCGUGGACGCAAGUCAAUCUGCAUUCGCGGCGGUGGCCUAUUGGAGGGUCACGUACAAGAAUUGAAACGUGCUGGUUAG